CGUCCGCAUCCAUAGAAAUAGGAGAGCCAUGAUUGGAAGCUCGACAGUGGCAUUGUUGCUGUUGUCUACUCCAGUAUUAUAUGCGAUCCAGCUAUGGAUCGACUUUCGGAGGGCAGUCAAGUCCGUUGGUAACCUACCUGGUUUCCGACACUUGCUCGCUCAGUCGAGUAUAUUAGCCAAUGUCAUUCCGUUUUUUGUUCCUGGGAUUGCCACCGGGAGACUUCAGGCGUGGAAGGCGAAGUAUAGAGAUUUCGAAUACUUUGGAGCAGAUAUCUUCACAAACGUUUCGAUAUGGCCUCGAACAAAGAUAAUGUUUAAUGUUGCCGAUGCUGCAGCUAUCAAGGAAAUAACGGCACAUCGUGCGCGCUGGAUUAAACCCAUUGAGCAGUAUGCUCUCGUUCUGCAAUUUGGAGGAAAUAUUGUUGCCACCGAAGGUGAUGAAUGGAAGAAGCAUAGGAAAAUUGCUAAUCCUGCUUUUUCGGAGCCUAAUAAUCGACUCGUUUGGGACGAAGCUGUCCGGAUAACUAUGGAUAUGAUUGAUAAUGUGUGGAUGAAUAAAGAGAUAAUUGAGAUGGACCACGCUGUGGAUAUCACUUUAUCGAUUGCACUACUUAUCAUUGGUUCUGCCGGAUUUGGACGCAUGAUUUCAUUCGCGGAAGACUUAAAAGUUCCUCCAGGAUACCAUAUGUCUUUCAAGGACGCCUUGCACAUCGUUUCGCAAGAUAUGAUCAUACCCACUGUCCUUCCGGCAUGGAUGCUGAACCUCACGAAGAGGCUGCGCAAUGUGCGGACCGCGGUACAAGAUUUGAGUAAAUACAUGCAAGAGAUGAUUGAUGAGAGACGCUCGGCGGAGAAGAAGCCGGAAAGACAUGACUUGUUUAGUAGUUUACUCGAUGCAAAUAUGGAUGAGGCCGAGGGACAAGGAUCCCGUCUAGCAGAUAGCGAGCUUAUCGGAAACAUCUUCAUCUUCCUUCUUGCCGGACAUGAGACCACCGCGCAUACGUUGUGCUUCACGCUCGGACUACUUGCGCUACAUCCGGAUCAACAAGAGAUCCUCUAUCAGCAUAUCAUGUCGGUCUUGCCUGGGGAGCGGCUUCCUGAAUACGAAGAUAUGGGCGCGUUGUCUUAUGUUACUGCUGUAUUCCAUGAAACUCUGCGUCUUUUCCCGCCUGUUGCAACAAUUCCGAAGAAGAGUGCGGAAGAUACAACGCUUGUGACUACCAACCGUGCAGGCGAGAAGAUUGUUGUGCCUGUUCCGAAAGGUGCGGGUAUAACGCUGCAUACGCCAGGAUUACACUAUAAUCCUAAAUACUGGAAAGAUCCGUCUGAAUUCAGACCUCAGCGAUUCAUGGAGGAUUGGCCGCGUGACGCGUUCCUGCCGUUCAGUGGAGGUGCACGUUCUUGCAUUGGUCGUCGAUUCUCGGAAACCGAAGCAACCGCCAUCCUCGCCGUCCUUCUUGCGCGUUACCGAGUGGAAGUUAAAGACGAGCCGCGAUUUGCACACGAGACGUUUGAACAGCGGAAAGCGCGGGUUUUGGGAGCCAAAGCUGGGAUCACGUUAACACCUGUCCGUGUACCACUUGUUUUCAAGCGCAGAUGAGGUUAUGAACUUCCGUUGUUACUCGAGAAUCUUUUUGUUUAUUUUCAUAAGUGUCCACGAAUGUCUUGAAACGCAAUACGUUGGUCCACACUGGUAAACUAGCGUAAUUUCUAUUUACCGUCGUUCAUCCCUUUAGGAAUCCUCUUCUCAUAUUCAAGAGGGCUUAUCGGUGAAAGCAUCGAUGACUCUCGCUAGAGCUACUUGUAACGCUAGAUUCUAACCAGCUAGUUUUAAGAGGUUUAAAAGUCAAGAGAAAGUUUAUUUGCUUCUUAAAUCUUGCGGUUCUAGUAUCCCGAACGGAGGAAGUGGCUGUGCCGGCGUGCGCGUUAGGGCAUGUGAUUGGCUGGUCAAGCUUUUGGUACCUUACACAUUAUUUGUCCCUGCGUAGUCUCAUAUGGAACAGCUAGGAGAUAAUCGUCGUAGUCUUGAUUUCGGACUGAUACCUUCUUUUGCUUCUUCGUUCAAAUAGGCAAGACACUGGAGAGUAUCGUGAUUGGAAAUUCGACAGUCGCUUUACUGCUGCUCUCCAGUGUCUCCACCCUGCUGAUAUACGCUGCCCAGCUAUGGAUUGACUUCCGAAGAGCAGUCAAGGCCGAUUCUGACCUUCCUGGAUAUCGACACUUGCUUUCUGCUGCGAGUAUUUUCGCAAAUGCCAUCCCGUUCUUCGUACCCGGGAUUGCUGUCGGGCAGCUUCAGGCAUGGAGAGCAAAGUAUAGACACUAUGAAGACUUCGGAGCCGAUAUUUAUUCUGUGGUCUCGAUUUGGCCUCGAGCGCGGGUAGUGUUGAAUCUCGCCAAUGCUGCAGCCACCAAAGAAAUAACGACGAACAGAGUGUGCUAUGUCAAGCCCACUGAAAACUAUGGUUUGGUUCUGCAGUUUGGGAGAAACAUAGUUGCCACGGAAGGUGACGAAUGGAAGAAACAUAGGAAGAUUGUUAACCCGCUUUUUCGGAGCCGAACAAUAGGCUGGUUUGGGAUGAAGCUGUACGAAUAAGUAUGGAUAUGAUUGACAGUGUCUGGUCGAAUAAAGAUGUUGUUGAAGUUGACUAUGUCGAAGAUCUUACACUAUCAAUUGCACUGCUUAUUAUUGGCUCAGUGGUGUUGCACGUUGUCUUGCAGGAUAUGAUCAUAUACAUAUUAUUCCCAGAGUGAGUUUUGGGCUUGACACAGAGAUUUCGAAAGAUACGCACUGCAGUAAAGGAGCUUAAGAAUUACAUGCAGGAGAUGAUUGACGAAAGACGCGCUGCGGAGAAGAAGCCUGAGAGAUAUGAUUUGUUUAGUAGUUUACUUGAUGCGAACAUGGAGGAGACAGAAGGGAUUGGGACACGGUUGAAGGAUAGUGAACUUAUCGGAAAUAUCUUCAUCUUCCUAUUUGCAGGACAUGAGGCAUCUGUCUUCAAGUUAAUGCCUAUGCUACGUGAAAUUGCUUAGACUACUGUACAUACACUGUGCUUCACUCUUAGGCUACUCACAUUGUACCCAGACCAACAGGAGGUCCUCUACCAACACAUCUUGUUGGUUUUACCAGGAAAACGUCUACCAACGUAUGAUAAUAUGAAUGCAUUGUCUUAUGUCACUGUGUAUGCUAAUUGAUUCUGAGGUAGCAUAGUGCCUGAGCCGAUUCUCUGUUGAUAGUGUAUUCUUGGAAACGUUACACCUCUUCCCACCA